AUGCUCUCAAACUCAAAGUGUUGUCAAGUAAAUUAUGAUAGUGUUUUUAUUGAGAUUGACUUUGUAAGAUACGAACAUUUUAAAGACUUUUGCAAACAGAAGGAGGACCCAAAUGAUUACUUAACCUCAAGCUGGAACUUCAACAACAAAACAGAAGGUUUCAUAUGUAGAUUUAAUGGUGUUGAAUGUUGGCAUCCAGAUGAGAAUAAAGUACUAAAUCUCAAACUAUCCAGCUUCGGGUUGAAGGGUCAGUUUCCACAGGGACUUGUGAAUCGCUCUUCGAUGACAGGCUUAGACCUUUCAAUCAACGUGCUUUCAGGACCCAUCUCUGAAGAUAUAUCAAGUAUACUUUCGUAUGUUACCAACAUUGAUCUCUCUGGUAAUAAAUUUACUGGUGGAAUUCUGAUAGAUUUUGCAAACUGCACUUACCUGAAUACUCUUAAGCUUGACAACAACUUGUUAAGCGGUAAUAUCCCAAAAGAAUUUGCCAUGCUUAACAGGCUUAAAGUGAUUGGUUUUUCUGACAAUAACUUGUCAGGGCCAGUGCCAAUGUUCCAAAGUUUAGUAGUUUAUAAUUAUUCUAAUAACGAUGAACUUUGUGGAGGAGUGUCUUUGGCACCCUGCUCCGUUGGCAAGUUCCAUCAAGCAUUAAAGGGUGGCCUUAUUGUUGGUUUUGCAUUAUCAUUCACUUGUUAUAUCGUGGUUGCUUUUCACAUCUCCUACUCCAACGGUGUACCUCACAUGCAAUUAAAGAAGAAAAAGAAUAUAAACAGACGCCUAAACAAAGCUAAAGAGCUAGGCAAAUAUAUUUAUUCCAUUACAAGCAAGACCACAUAA